CGCGCCGCCGCUGAGGGGACAAGGAAGUGUAGGGGGGAGCCUGGAAAAUCUAAAAAAAAAAAAAAAAGGACGAGCGGCCGGAGCUGAGCGGAGCCCAAGCCGGGCCCGCCUGCUUGCCGCUUCUUUGUGCCGCGUCUUCUGCUCCCGCCGCGAGGGGAGGAGAAGGCGAGAUGGCGGCGCUGGCCGGCCGGGCCCUGGAAACGCGGGGGCCCCAGAGCGAGGCCCGAGCGAGGCGGCGGCGGCGGUGCCUCGUCCUGGGUCGCCUGCGGGGCAAACCGUCCUUGCCUUCCUUUUUUUUUUCCCGCGCCCUCUUCCCGAGGGGGGGGUCCCUCAGCGGCGAGCCCCCCCCGUGGCCCCCUCCUUGCUAUUUGAAGGGGGGCUAUCGUAAUCCUCGGGGGGGGGUAGAGGGCUGCCUCCCCGUUUCUCUCUCUCCCUCCUUCCUUCCUCGGGUGGAGUUGGGCUUUUUUUUUUUUUAAGCCAACCCGCUUUGUCUGCUUCUCGGCCUAAAAACGAGGGAUGGCGGGGUGCGGGGUUCGUUGGCCCCCACUCGCCUGCCCCGACUGACCCUCCGUCGCGCUGCCCCCUCCGCUUUUCGCGGUUCGAAGAAGGUGGGGGGGGGAAAUGGGACGCUGUCAGAAAGGGCUCCCGCAAUCCCCCCAGCCGGAUGAUGUAUUUGUCCUGCUGUCCGGGCACGGCGGCCCUAAAGGGGUGUGUGUGGGGUGUCGUAGGGCUGCUAUUUUAAUUGCCCGAAAGCUUUUUUUUUUCUUCCCUCCCCUCCGCUGGGUGUUGUGUUUUUCGCUGCGCAUUUAUUAGCAUUCAGACGUUGCUGUUGUUUUCUCUUGUUACGUCUCCCACGUGCGUCUUCCUCCACCCCACCCCGGUUGUCAAAGCGCCUUUUAUCGCUCCCGCCCUGAAAGGAUUCAACCCACCAGGUGGAUAUACACACACUUCCGAGUAAUUUGUUUUUUCCCCUUCUCUACAACGUACACACAACUACAACAGAUCGGUAUUGUCGGAUCAGGGUUGUUUUGUUGUUGUUGUUUUGUCAGCCUGCCUGCCUAAUUUUAAGGUGCGACCAUAUAUGAUAGCUGAUUUUAACACAUCUUGAAGAGUUGAAUAAACAGUAGACAAGACUUGACUGAAAUACUGUACUAGGAAGGUCCAGGAGUGCAAGAUGGAUGGUGAUAAUUCUACAACAGAUGCUUCACAGCUGGGAAUUGCUGGAGAUUAUAUUGGUGGUAGUCACUAUGUGAUCCAACCUCAUGAUGAUACUGAGGACAGCAUGAAUGAUCAUGAAGAUACAAAUGGUUCCAAAGAGAGUUUUAGAGAACAAGAUAUAUAUCUUCCUAUUGCAAAUGUGGCAAGGAUAAUGAAGAAUGCUAUACCUCAGACAGGAAAGAUUGCUAAAGAUGCAAAGGAAUGUGUGCAGGAGUGUGUCAGUGAAUUCAUCAGUUUUAUUACAUCAGAAGCAAGUGAGAGGUGUCAUCAAGAGAAACGGAAGACAAUAAAUGGAGAAGAUAUUCUCUUUGCUAUGUCUACUCUGGGGUUUGAUAGCUAUGUAGAACCUUUGAAGUUGUAUCUUCAGAAGUUUAGAGAGGCAAUGAAGGGAGAAAAAGGCAUUGGUGGAACAGUUACCACAGCAGACGGCCUUAGUGAGGAGCUCACAGAGGAAGCAUUUACUAACCAGUUGCCAGCAGGUUUGAUAACUACCGAUGGCCAACAACAAAAUGUCAUGGUUUAUACAACGUCCUAUCAACAGAUUCCUGGUGUUCAGCAAAUUCAGUUCUCAUGACUUGAAGGUUUUAGACAUGUAAGAAAUAUGAACAAGGAAUGCUAAAGGAAAGAGAACUUGAAUUUGAAUUGGCUAGCGAAGAAAGAAAUGUCACUUUGUAUAUUCAAUAGUUGUAAUGUAGCUUCCUGAGGCUUGACUAAUUGAGAUGUGAACUCUGAUUGAAACCUUUUUUCAGGAGUGAUUUUAAAAGAAAUUGGAUUUUAAAGGUAUUAAAAUAUUUUUUUUGUUUUGUACAAGAGUUUGUUGCUCUGUAUAACUCCUAUAUGCAUUGUAUAUUGCAAUUUACUACUGUCAAGAGAUUUGUAGACAGUUUCUUAUUUUCAUAUUGAAUCAUGUUACUUUUGUAAUUCAAGUAAACAGCUGGGUUUAAUUCACGUUUACCCUUUGAAUAAAACAUAAGGGUACAGUU